AUGGAUCUUCUAUCCAUCCUCCCUGAUUUCUCGAUAAAGUCGUACUCGCACAUAAUACCGCCUCUUGAAAGAAGCCGAAUCAACACAGUCGACCUCAUCUCGCUGGAUACUCUCGAAAUCGCGAGACGCGCUCACGUUCCUCCCGCAGAUGUCCGCCGUUUGGCCAACCAAGUCAUCAAAGCCCUUCACCAAGAUGUCGGGUUCGAAGAAGCUCCCCGUCCCGAGCAGGAACAGCCCAAUAGCAGCCCUGAUUCCGACUUGCCGUUGAUCGCAGGACCGCGAACCAACCUCAACCUGUCACAAUGGUGCACGAUCAGCACCCUCGACCCCACCUUGGAUACCUUGUUGAACGGAGGCAUCGCAACUGGAUAUAUGACAGAAGUGACUGGUGAAAGCGGGAGUGGCAAGACGCAGUUUCUGCUAGGUCUAUUGCUGGCCGUGCAGCUUCAACUACCUCGAGGUGCAGGCCGAAGCGCGAUAUAUGUCUCUACGGAAGCUCCGCUUGCUACGAAUCGGCUUUCUCAGCUUAUUGAGUCUCAUCCGUAUUUAUCAACUCUUUCGCGUGACGAUGCCCCUUCUCUGGAGAGGAUCCUUUCUAUCAAUGCAAUGGACCUGGAGAGCCAGGACCACAUUCUGAGCUACCAGCUGCCCGUCGCUAUCAAGCGGUACAAUGUCGGUCUCGUUGUUAUUGACUCUAUCACCUCUAACUACCGAGCCGAACAUACUUCCCACGACUUAUCGGGCCUGUCGAGCCGCUCCGGAGAACUCACCAAACUCGGUCAGAUGUUGCGUAACUUGGCAGCUAGCGAAGACAUUGCCAUUGUCGUCGCCAACCAAGUCUCAGAUCGGUUUGAGGGAGACGCUCCCUUGCAUUUUACUCAAGUACCCGGGAAUCGGACAUCGAGGUUUUCUCCCGCCGCGCACCAAGCACAAGAUUAUCAGCCCGGACCUGACCGGGAGACAACCGCAUCGCCUCUGUCUCGAAUGCGGCCAUCCGAGCCAGGGAAUGUUAAGUUGAAUCAACAUAGCCUUGCUAUUCACCACUCCACAUCGAACUUGUCAACAUCGCCUUCGUCCACGCAAGACGACCAGCCACACUUCGAUGGGUCAUACCUCGUGGGCAAUCCGAUGCGAAAUGAGAUCCUAAGCCUACAACAUCAACAACGUUUUUUCACUGGAUGGGGAGACACUGCUCAGUCUUCAGUUGAGAGCGCCUACUGUGGUCUCCAGCGCCCCGUUCUUAAAACUCCGACGUUAGGACUCGUUUGGGCCACCCAAAUCGCAUGCCGAAUUGCACUAAAGAAGUAUUCCCGGCCAGUUAAUCUUGACCCUGUUAUGGACGAGAAAUACACCCCAGAGCCGCGGGGCGUCUUUCCAAGACAACAAGACGAACCGCCUAGUACAGAGCCUGCAAUGAACACGGCUCCUCGUUUUGAGGAGAAGUCAACUCGACCAAGUACACCUCCUGCUCCAGCAGCUUCAAAAGCUGCACCUAAAGCCUCAUAUCCGUCGCCACCUCGGCUUAUUGAACAUGCAAUCCAGCGUACCAUGAAGCUGGUCUUUUCUCCAUGGGCGGGCGGGUCUGUACCUGGACAGUCCGAAUUCGAGAACGAAGUGGAGUUUGAAAUUUGGAAGGGCGGGAUCAAGACUGUUCAGAAAGAAUAA